UUUAAAAUUCUAAGGGAACUUUCCCAUUAAACCUUACAAGAAAUUUUAGCACUAUAAAUAGAGUUCUCAACAUUUCUUAUGCUAAUAGGAACUUUCAUUCAUACCAGUUGUUGACAUCCAACUUUGUCCUAGGUAGAAGAAGAAAUGGAAAAUUACAAAGUUUGCGAAGCAACAACAGAAUAUCAAGACUUGUUACCCGUGAUGGCUGAAAAAUUGGACGUGGAGGCCUUUGUCGCGGAGCUAUGUGGUGGAUUCAGGCUUCUAGCAGACCCUAAAAAUGGCUUGAUCACAUCCGCGAGCUUACAAAAGAAUUCGGGGUUUUUAGGGAUGGAAGGGAUGAGCAGAGAAGAUGCAGAGGCUAUGGUAAAAGAAGGAGACUUAGAUGGAGAUGGAGCAUUGAAUGAAACAGAAUUUUGUAUUCUUAUGGUUAGACUUAGUCCAGAAAUGAUGCAAGAUGCUGAGGUAUGGCUUGAUAAAGCACUUCAAAGAGAGUUAGCAAAAUCAUCUUGUUGAUAAU